GGGACAGCCUGGGCUCCCGGCGCUGAGUGAAGUUGCUUUUUCUGAGCUUGGAAACUCAGUUUAUCUGAGUUUCCACUUUAAUCCCGGGAUUAAAGGCUUGGUUUGUGUUAAUGAUUGUGGAAUUAGGAGGAGAGGUGGCCCCGGGAGUGGGCUGGCUGCCACUCAAGAGCGAUGGAGCCAGCUGGCUUCAGUCCUGCUUUUUUUUUUUUUCUUCACAAGGCAAGUGUGCCCCAGAAGGGACAGCCGCCAUUUGGCCCUUUCCUCAGUGGCCUGUCCAGCUCCUGAAGUUUUCAUGGUGUGACAGGGCCAGCUGGAACAGAAACUCCUCAUACAGACUGACACUGAACCCCAGAAGGGAGUGCAGACAAAAGCACAUGCCAUCUCUGCAGAAAUUUGUCAGCUCUUCUCACAGACAGGACUUGGCUGCCUUUUACGUGAGUCCAAAGUACAUGUAACAAACACAGGAGUAAGUCACUGAAUGCAGUGACAGCGCCAGAACAGGUGUACAGCCAAGAGUCUGAGAUCUGUGUGAGGAGUCAAAGCUGGGACGCAUCUCAAUACUCAGAGGACUCACAUUUUGAUGCAAGGCCAAGAAGCAGUAAGUUGGGACUGACAGCUUUUUCACAAGAAUUUCUUGGAGAGGCUAUAGCCGUUGUUGCUGCCAUGCAUUUUCUACUGAAGGUCCCGAGUGCUAUAUCCCUACGUGCUGCCCUGAGAAAAUCUCUCCAGCUUUGCAGCCAGAGCUACACAGUUUCCACCUCUUUCAGUUAUGAGGCUAUAAAACAACAGUGCAGACUAGAGGUGCCAGAGUACUUCAACUUUGCAAGCGAUGUGCUGGACAGAUGGACUAAAAUAGAAAAGGAAGGGAAAAAAAAUAAAAAUCCUGCAUUGUGGUGGGUAGAUGGUGAUGGAAAAGAGGUGAAAUGGAGCUUUGAGGAGCUGGGAGUCCUUUCCAGGAAAGUAGCUAAUGUACUCUCCGAUGCUUGCGGUCUGCAACGGGGAGACAGAGUUCUUCUCAUUCUGCCCCGGAUCCCAGAAUGGUGGCUGGUGAAUGUGGCUUGCUUGAGAACAGGAAAUGUCCUGAUUCCUGGCACGCAGCAGUUGACAGUGAAGGAUAUUCUCUAUCGACUACAGAAAUCCAAGGCAAAGUGCAUCAUCACUGAUGAUUUUGUGGCACCAGCUGUAGAUUCAGUUGGGGCUGAAUGCCAGUCUCUGAAAUGCAAGUUGCUUGUGUCAGAGGGCCACAGAGAAGGAUGGCUGAACUUUAAAGAUCUCCUGAAAAAUGCUCCUUCUAAUCACCAGUGUGUGACCACAAAGCAUCAUGAUCCAAUGGCCAUCUAUUUUACCAGUGGAACUACAGGAUCCCCCAAAAUGACUGAACAUUCCCACAGCAGCUAUGGUAUUGGCUUCACAGUAAAUGCGAGGUACUGGCUGGACUUGACUCAUUCAGACGUAAUUUGGAGCACAUCAGACACGGGCUGGGCAAAGGCAUCUUGGGCUAGUAUAUCAACGUGGAUUCAAGGGGCAUGUGUAUUUGUACAUAAAAUGCCACAAUUCAACCCAAUUACUGUCUUUGAGUGUCUGUCAAGAUACCCCAUAACUGUCUUCUGUUCUCCUCCAACCGCAUAUCGAAUGUUUGUGCAACAUAAACUGUCCAGCUAUACAUUCAAAAGCCUGCGUCACUGUGUGAGUGCUGGGGAGCCAAUCAACCCCGAUGUGAUGGAAGAAUGGAAAGUGCAGACUGGGCUGGAUAUUCAUGAAGGCUAUGGACAGACAGAAACAGUGCUGAUCUGUGCAAAUUUUAAGGGAAUGAAAAUUAAGCCUGGUUCUAUGGGAAAACCAUCUCCAACGUAUGAUGUCAAGAUUAUAGAUGAAAACGGUAAUAUUCUGUCUCCUGGAAAAGAAGGAGAUAUUGCCAUCAGAGUAAAACCUACGAGACCGCCUUUUCUUUUUACUUGCUAUACUGAUGAUCCAGAGAAAACAGCGGCAACAAUACGUGGGGAUUUUUAUGUCACUGGAGACAGGGGGAUUAUGGAUGAAGAUGGAUACUACUGGUUUGUUGGAAGAUCUGAUGAUGUCAUUACUUCUGCUGGAUACCGUAUUGGACCAUUUGAAGUAGAAAGUGCCCUAAUAGAGCAUCCCGCAGUGGUGGAAUCAGCAGUAGUCAGCAGCCCAGACCCCAUCAGGGGAGAGGUAGUGAAAGCCUUCGUGGUUUUAACACCUGAAUAUGUUUCACAUGAUCCAGAAGAAGUGAUAAAAGAGCUACAGGACCACGUUAAGAAAGUUACUGCUCCAUACAAGUAUCCUAGGAAGAUGGAGUUUGUUCAAGAGUUGCCAAAAACUGUUAGUGGGAAGAUUCGAAGGAAUGAACUACGCCAGAAGGAGUGGAGAAAAUAGUAGAGUUCUUUUAUAGAGUCAGUUUUUUGUUUUUAAACAAAAGAUAAUGCUGAUUUAUACAGUAAUGUAGAGUAAAAGACUAUGGCCUUCUUAGUUUAGGAUUUUAUAAAUUCAUAGAAUCAUUUAGGUUGGAAAAGACCUCUAAGGUCAUCAUGUCCAACUCUUAAAUUCUUACCUGAUCCCCAGCAUUUGGCUGUCCCUGGUGCUACACUAAUAGCUAAUAGUACAAAAGCAGGCAGACUGAUACAAAUGAAGUGGAAAAUUCAUGUAGUCAAGAGUACAAUAGAUGCAUUAAAUAAACUGAAAUGUCACUGGCAUUUUAUCUUUAUUGUUACUCAAUUUAAAAAAGAGUUUAAAAGAACGCUUGUUUCAAGAAUCACUUUUGAAAAGUGUGAUAACUUAUAAAUACAUUUUCAAAGUUAUAAUCACUGAAAGUAUAUUUAGAAAAAAUAGUGCAAAUAAAAUCUACAUCAUUAAAGUGUUGAGGACUAGACUAGCAAAGAAUUUAAAAUACAUGAUACAGUAUAAUUAAUAGCUGCUUAUACUAAUCUUAGCAUUUACUUUUUUCUGUUCUCUCACACUGCAUCAAUGAUAUAGUUUAUAAUAUAUGAAUAUUACUGUA